AUGGUUGCAAACAGUUUUAAGCCAUAUGGAUGGUAUUAUCUUAUUGAUGAUGAUCCAUCGAUAGUCGACUGUACCAUCAUUUUAGAAUUUGCAUUGAUUAGUCAAAAUCGUACAUUCAAGCCAAUUCUGAUUAAUCUACCAGUGAAAAUUCAAGAUAUCAAUGAUAAUAUCCCACGUUUUGAUCAGUAUACAAGUGGACUGCGGCUUGAAGUCAGUGAAGAUAUUUCAUCAACAAUCAGUAAAUACUACACAAUUCCAUCAUUAGUGUAUUUGCCUACGCUACUUUCAUCAUUGUCCCACUCAUCAUCGGCAUCGGAGCCAACAGGAUACUGGAAAGGCAAUUCAUUUCAUGCUAAUGAAGGCACUUUGUUACAUCAGAAUAAGAAGCGUGAAUUAGCUGUCCUUCCUCUGGCUAAAGAUGUUGACUAUGGCGUGAAUGGUACUGUUGCCUACAGGUUAGAGGGUCCAGAUGCUGAAUACUUUGAACUAGUAAAUCAUACUGUCGAGUCAUCACGAACAGCUCACAGUUCACUACUACAUUCAACACCAAGAAAUAUCAAAUCACUACAUUUAAUAAGUCGUUUCCCCCUAGAUCGUGAACACAAGUCAGAAUAUCGAUUAAUUCUGCUAGCCUACGAUCAAUCAGAACAAUUUCAAAAUCGUCAUACAUCCCAGCUGCCUAUAAGUAUUCAGAUAAAAGAAGUGAAUGAAUAUCCACCAAUAUUUAAUCUGGGUAUAAAUAUAACAACACCACAAUAUGGUUUCAAUAAUCAAUUCUCAUUGAACAGUGAUUCAAAAUAUAUUGGACAUUCAAAUCGAUUUCAUCCACAAGUUCAAAUUAAAUCGUUUUCAAAUCAUUAUUUUUCAGAAGCUGAGAAUAGCAGGCAAGGAGGAGCAGGAGGAGGAGGAGAAGUGGCAAGUGGUGUUCAGUUAUCUGAUAUAAAUUAUUUAAUCCUUGGAAUACCAGAAGAUAUUAAUGUUGGCAGUCGAAUAUACUGUGUACAAGCGAUAGAUAUUGAUUCAAUUGAUUUUUCAUCUUUUACUAGCAAAAAUACUAAUCAAUAUCCUUAUCAAUAUCAGCAGCAGCAGUACCAAUCAAUAAAACAUUAUCCACACAAUACUGUACAUUAUUUUAUAGCUCAAGAAACUGAUCUUGUUGUAAAGCAUUAUUUUCGUCUUGGUAAAGAAGACGGUUGGAUAACGCUGAUUCACCAGUUGGAUUAUGAAACUAGCCGGCAUAAUUAUAUUCUGCCUAUAGUGGCUGUCGAUUUUGGUCGUCCACAGUUGAGUAGCACGCUGACACUGACAAUACAAGUUAUCGAUGUGAAUGAUGAAGCGCCGAGUAUAAGUAUCCGUGGAAUUGAACCGACUAAUAUUGCCAGUCGAUAUUAUCAUCACCAUCAGCAGAACCAGCAACAACAAAGUACAAUGUUAGAUAAUUUUAGUCCUGGACGAUUUCAGAUAUUGAAUGUUAGAGAGAAUUCACCAGCGGGGACUUUCAUUGCAAAGGUAUCCGCCAGAGAUCGUGAUACUGGGGCUGCAGGAGAAGUUGAAUGUUAUUUAAGUGAAGCAGAAAAUUUCAACAGGAAUCCUUCAAACAUCGAUCUGGCAUUCAUCUUAGAAAAGUCUAAUGGCCUACACAGCGUAGGCUUACAUUCAACUGAAGAGAAGACCAUCCCUACAACAGCCACCAUCGUAUCAAAUAACAAUAAUGAACAAACUGUCCCGUCGGCAUACACCUCACACUCAUCAUCACCAUCGUCAGCAGCAGCAGCAUUAAAUGUACUCGGACGUCAUGACACUGAAUACAUAUUAAUGACACGAGAAAGUUUAGAUCGUGAACUGAAAAGCGCCUAUUUUAUUUAUCUAACUUGUCAUGAUCAGGUGGUAGAUAAGUUCGACAGCUCAUCAAUAUUCAUAAACAGUCAGUCCGCAGCAACACCAACUGCCUUAAAACGUCUUUCAUCAACAAAACUGUUAAAAAUCAAUAUUUUAGAUGAAAAUGAUAAUGGCCCAGAAUUUGACAGAUUACGAUAUGAAGUGAAAAUUCUUGAAAAUUCCAUUGAGAAUACAGAAUUAAUUAAAUUGAAUGCUAUCGAUAAAGAUGCAGAGAAUCAUAUAGCUUAUCGAUUUGCUCAAUCAACCGAUCAAUUUAUACAAAAUUAUACUGAUUUAGCCUUGAAUUUAAUUGAAAAAUAUUUUAAAUUAGAAAAUAAAUCUGGAUCAAUUAAAACAACUGGUACACCAUUGGAUAGAGAGAGUAGAGAUACGCUUUUAAUUCCUGUUAUAGCCUAUGAUGAAGAAUAUCCGAGUAGGACAUCUCAUGCAUGGAUCAGCGUUCAGGUAGGCGAUGUCAAUGACAAUACACCGAUAUUGACAGGAAAUACAACAUUUUGGAUUGAUGAAGAAGGAGCAACUACAGACCAUCUGACCACUAGCGGCAGUAGCAGUGGUAGUUCUAUAAUCACCUCCAAACAAUAUCAGGGUAGUUAUCAAAUAUUUGUGGGACGUUUAACCGGUGAAGAUCAGGAUAUUGGUGAAAAUGGUCAAAUUAAUUUUAAACUAGGGAUAAACAACUCGAAUAGUCCUCACAGUCGACCGAAAUGGAUCCUGCGUUCUGAUGGUAUGCUUUUCGUCCAAUCGACAAGGCUGCAUAACACUGCUGGUACCGUUGGUAAUAGGGGUGAUGAUAUUCCUAGUUAUUUUUUAGAUCGUGAAACAACACCGGUCCAUGAAAUUCCAAUAAUCAUUAGUGAUUUAGGCAAAAAUCCUACACUAUCGUCUACAGCUACAGUCACUGUCAGUUUAAGAGAUAUUAAUGACAAUUCCCCUCGAUUUGUAAAACCUCCACAUCAUAAUUUAAAUAUGAAUUCAAAUUCAAAUUUUAUGGAUAAAGACACCAGUCAUUCAUUGUUAAAUAUUCCUAAAAGUUUAAUAUCAAAUAUACCAAGUGAACGAAUCAAUAUUCUUCGCAUGGAUAAUUCAAAUCCUGGUGCAUUGAUUUAUACUGUACAGGCUAUUGAUCCAGAUGAAGGGGAUAAUGGUAAAGUUGUUUAUAAACUUGAUGUAUAUAAAGGUUAUUGGCAGUUAACGCACAAUGCAAAUCAAUUAAUCAAUAAACCUGGUGGUGGAAUAAAUCAAUCUUCAAGUGAUUAUUAUUUUAUUAUUGAUCAAAAUUCUGGUGAAAUACGUCUCAAUAAGGCAAUCAAUGUGGAUAAUUUACAAAAAUUACCAAAAUGUCUCAUUAUAUUUGCUGAAGACUGUGGAAUUCCACCGAGAAGAAAUUAUGCCUUGUUGUAUAUUGAUAUUACUACUGAUGAAGAAGGUGAAGAAGCACGGGGAGGAGGGGGAGGAGGCGAAGGGAUAAAACAGACAAAACUAAACGGUCAAUCAAUAAAUAAUAAUAAUACAGGGGACAAUUUAAACUCUCUUGAUCGAUUCAUCAAUAUCAGUAAUUCUAAUAAUAAAGAGUAUAAAGAUAAGCUAGACAGGGUCCAUUUUAACAAUAACUUACAGUCAAAACUAUCGACAGUUGACGGUAUCCACAUGUAUCCCCAUUCAAAUUCACUGUCUACCUCUAAGAAGAUGAAAUAUACUCAAUCAGCCAAUACAAGACUGUCAUCCUCCUCCUCCUCCCUAUUUUCUCCGUCAAAUGAUCUCAGUGUUAACACUGAUGAUAAUGUCGACGGAGUAAUAUCAAAUUUUCAAAUUUUAAUGAAUAAUGGUGAAUCAGAACCAGUGAGUACAUAUCAUACAAGUGCUGAAAUGAUUACAGGUUUAGGCAUUGGAUUGGUGAUUAUCAUUCUAGUUUGUCUGCUACUACUAGUAACCUAUGCUAUCCAUGGAACACAGAAUAUUCGGCUGACAAGGGGCGGUACUACACAUUCAACGCGUACAAAAGUUAACAGUACUACUCUAGGGAAACAGUAUAGAAAUGUUCAGAUGAAAGGUGGAACAAGCACAGAUGCUACUGACAAGAAAAAGUGCUUUGAUCAAGGAAAGAAAUGGAAACAGCUCUGUAAUGCUAUGCGUUUCUCAAUCAAUUCUAACACUUCAAUGAACAAUGAAAAGAUACCAGAAGAUAUUGUUGAAACAAUGAAUCCGUCGAAAGUGUACAUACUGAAUCAAAAUAAAAACACACCCUAUGAGGUGCACAGUGCAACAAUGCACAUUCCAUCGUCAAAUAUCUGGGAAAGUUAUCACAGUGAUUACAACAAUGUAACAGAUCCGCUGAAGAAAUUCACUCAUGAGAAAAUAUUCACCUAUCCAAAUCAAACAAUCCAGCCUAAGGGGAGUGUUUAUUAUACGCAGUUGAAUAAAUUCUCCCCUGUCAUCAACUCUGUUGAAAUGGGAUCAUUAUCUGGGCAGAGCGGUAGCAACGCUUCAAGCGAUCCUGUUAAUAACGGCGACCAUACGCAUAAUACUCUGAUGCGAACUGCUGCUAUCGUUGAUGGUAGUAAUGAUCAUAAUAAUAACAAUAGCAAACUCCUACUGACGAAUAUACCAGAUCAUGAGACAGCAGCCAGUCAGACUGCUGAUUCGAAGUCCAGUCGUCCAGCGUGUAAUUAUGCUGUCUGUGCCAAUGGUAUUAUCUCGGUAUCCGAUUACAUGACGCUCAGUCUACACGAUACACAUAAUCAACGCACUACUAAGAAUAUGUCACCGACUAAUUGUCAUUUUCUAAUGAACGCCAUAAAUUUCGAUCAGUACAAUAACAGUAAUAAUAGUAAUAAUAAUCAAUUGACACGAAAUUCCUCACCUUACAUUGAUCAUAAACACCAACAUUCUCAUGUACCGUUAAUCAAUACCGUUUGUCAACAGAAUCAUCACCAACAACAACAACAACACUAUCCUCACACUAGUUGUACACCACCUGGUCAGCGGUGUCAAACAAUGUCGACAAUGAGUAGAAAGUCACCAAAUUUAUUGAAACAUUGUACAAUACUUACACCAGUAGUUGAUUAUACUACUGAUAGCAAAACUGAAAUAAUAAGUAGUAUAAAGGGUAGAACACAAAUAAAAACAUCAAUGGAGGAAUCUAGUAAUAAUCGUAAUAAUAAGGAAGGAGAGGAGAAUGAAAAUGACGUCGGAUGUAUUCCUCAUGGGGAGGAGGAGGAGGAGGAUGAGGAACACAACGAGGAGUGUUUCAAAACUUCUGCUCUAAAAUCUAGCAGUUUUGUAUAGCUGUUUAAUUACCUCAGUAUUAUAAUUAUAAUUAACACUAUUAUUGCUACUAUUUUAUUCUCUAUGUAAACAUUUCAAAUGUAUUUCUUUUAUUUCCCGAGUAGUAUUUAUUCACUAGCAUUUAGCCUACAUGGUAAUUGGGGAGAGAAGGUGUGGAUUUGAGCGGGUUUUUUUUCAAAAUGACAAAUGAUAACAAUAAUUCGCUUUAUGUAGACUGAUUGACGCCAUGUCUUAUUUAUGGAUUUGUGUGUGUGUGCGUACGUUUGUCUGAAGUAUAAGAGUUGUAC